AUGACAUCUCCACAUGAAAGUCUUCAACACAGACAAAAUUCAUAUUAUGAAGAUUCAGGUGAAGAACUGAGCCCCAGACAACAACCAAGCCAAUGUUCCUUGUCUAAAUACAAACCCCUACCUGCAAUAAAAGGAAAGAACCAUCGUGGUCCAUCACCAGAUAUUCUUCGAAAUCCCACAGUCUCCCAUACUGAGGACACAGUUAUGCACACAAAGAAGAAAGGCUCUCCUCAUGAGACUAGAAAACCAGAUAUGGAACUAAAAGGAGAGUCACCCAUGCUUUUGGAAAUAAACCAUCCAAAGCAAACCACCAAUCAUUUGGCCAACCCACAUCUGGUUCAGAAAGAGUCAUCACCCAACCCAACAGAGCCUUAUGGGAAUAAUGAAGAAUUACCCCCACAAAGCUGUCCACCAAAUUCCACUUCAUGGUCAGAAUUGCCUGACUUAAAUAAUUUUCCUGAUGAACCUGGUCCAGAAGAAGCAAGGACACUACUGGCUAUUAAGUUGCCCAAUGGUCAACGUAUUCAUCGUUUUUUCCGAUUGAAAGACCCUUUAUGGCUGGUCCGUCGGUUUGCCGAGGUCUCAAGCAGCAAUGACUUUUCAAACUUCCAACUGGUCAAAAGUAUUCCCUGUGAAAUCCUUAACCUCAAUCAGACCAUUGAAGAAAAUCAUUUGUUGGAAAAGAUCCUACUACACCUGGAAAUAUUCACUCAUGACAGAAAUAUAAGACUUCCAAAUUCUUCCUGA